GGUGCCAUGGGAUCAAGUAGGUCCAACAGGUACAGCAUUGUGUCGGGCGUUUUACCGGUGGACGAGCGCCAGAGGAUCGCCAGCUUAGGACUCUGCAACGGCCACAGCUCCACCAGCUUCCAGCUGCGCUCAGCCGGCGACACAGAGACGGACGACAGUCGGAGGAGGUCGGGAGAAUCGGUGGUGUCCAGCUCGACCACACACGGAGGGAUGAACAACUACAACGGAAAGAUUCUGACGAGGGGCUCCAACCAGGUGCGGAGCAGGUUUGUUAAGAAAAAUGGACAAUGUAAUGUUGUGUUGACCAACAUGGAAGACAAGGGGCAACGCUACCUAGCCGACAUCUUCACCACCUGCGUGGACAUCCGCUGGAGGUACCUGCUGCUUAUAUUCUGCACCAGCUUCAUGGUGUCCUGGUUUUUCUUUGGCAUCAUCUUCUACACCGUCUCCCUGGCACAUGGAGACUUUGAGGAGCACGGGCUGGUGGCCGGGGGCUCACAUGGACCCACCCCUGGACACACACCUGGAGGAAAGCCACAGAGGAUGCCCUGUAUACUUCAUGUGCAGGGAUUGGUUGGGGCGCUCCUGUUCUCCAUGGAGACCCAGACCACCAUUGGUUAUGGCUGGCGCUGUGUUACUGAGGAGUGCCCGGCCGCGGUGCUAACCGUGGUGGUCCAGUCCAUCGUCGGCUGCAUCAUUGACUCUUUCACGAUUGGCACCAUCAUGGCCAAGAUGGCGCGGCCGAAGAAGAGGAAUCAGACCCUCGUGUUCUCUAAGAAUGCCGUCAUCUCCCUGCGCGACGGCAAACUCUGCCUCAUGUGGAGGGUGGGCAACCUGCGGAAGAGCCACAUCGUGGAGGCUCAUGUCCGAGCACAGCUCAUAAGGUCCUACGUCACCGCUGAGGGAGAAUUCAUCCCCUUGGAGCAGAUGGACCUGAAUGUGGGCUACGACGAGGGCACCGACCGGCUCUUUCUAGUGUCGCCACUGGUAGUAGUGCACGAGAUAGACAAGGAUAGCCCCUUGUAUACUUUAAGUCGAGCUGAUCUGGAGACAGAUGACUUUGAGGUUGUGGUGAUCCUGGAGGGGAUGGUGGAGGCCACGGCCAUGACCACCCAGUUCCGUAGCUCCUACCUCGCUCGAGAGAUCUUCUGGGGUCACAGGUUCGAGCCUGUGAUCUACGAGGACCAGGACCGCUACAAGGUAGACUACUCACGCUUCCACAAGACCUACGAGGUGCCGUCAACGCCUCACCUCAGCGCCAAAGAACUCGGCGAGGCCGUGAGUCGAGCCUCCUCUGCUGCUUCUCACCUCCCUGCAUGUAGAUCCACUCAAGACUUGAUUCCCAGGACGCUGAGCGCCUUCUGCUACGAGAACGAAGUCGCCCUGAGCUGCGGGGAGGACGAGGACGACAUUUUCGACUCCUCUCAGAUCGUAGGGAAGGAGAGGCCGGAGGAGAGGACCACCUCAGUUUCUGUAGACUUCCAAAAUAUGUUCCAGGACAAUGCCACCAUGACAUCAGGCAGUCACAGCGUCAUGUGUGUUCUGGACAUGGACAACAAUGAGAUGGAGUUUGACAUCCUGCAGACGGCCAUUCCUCUCGAUCCUGUGACCUACAAGAGCGAGCAAGAGAUCUGA